CUGCACUACGGGACCCUCCUGGGCAGCAAAGCUUGUGCCCACAUGGCAGCAGCUGCCUGGGCCAGUGCCUUUCUCAAUGCUGUGCUGCACACAGCCAAUACAUUUUCCCUGCCCCUGUGCCAUGGCAAUUCCCUGGGCCAGUUCUUCUGUGAAAUCCCACAGAUCAUCAAGCUCUCCUGCUCACACUCCAGCUUAAGGGAAGUUGGGCUUCUUGUGGUCACUUUCUGUUUAGGUUUUGGUUGUUUUGUGUUCAUGGUUUUCUCCUAUGUGCAGAUCUUCAGGGCUGUGCUGAGGAUCCCCUCUGAGCAGGGACGGCACAAAGCCUUUUCCACCUGCCUCCCUCACCUGGCCGUGGUCUCCCUGUUCCUCAGCACUGACACAUUUGCUCACCUGAAGCCCCCCUCCAUCUCCUCCCCAUCCCUGGAUCUGGCAGUGUCCGUUCUGUACUCGGUGGUGCCUCCAGGGCUGCAAGUGGGUCAGAUCCUGGGAAGGGACAGCAGGCCAGAGACCCAAUUUAACCAAAGAGAUAUUCCAGACUGUAUGGCCCCAGUUCUGGUAUAA